UGACAACUACCAUCGUGAAUAUGGCUUUUGUGAUAGAAGAGGAAUCACAUAGUGUGCUGAUUGGUGUUUUUUGCCUGUUGAAAACUAAUUAACCAUCACAAUGUCUGAUAAAGCGGUUGAGAAAGUUGGACGCCCAAUGAAGUAUCCAUAUACUUUCAGUGCAAAAAUUGCCCAAUUCCCUCUGAAGCAUUAUAUCCAAAAGCAAUGGAUCUGGAAAUACUAUUUCGUUGCCUUCGGUUUGUGCAUUCCUGUCUUCUAUAAAAUCAGCAAAUUGGCAAACUCACCUGAAAACAAGAAGAAGUGGGCCGAGAGCCAGGCAAAGGAAGCUGCCGAACAUCAUUAGAUGUAAAAGAAUUUCACUCGCCCCUUGAUUUAAUAUCUAAUAUGAAAACUUUCGAUAAUAUGUUCAGGAAUAAAUAGCACACAUUUAGCCCUAACAAAAAUUGGAUAUAACUUAA